AUGCACACACAGGCUGUAUCAUCGCUUGAGCUGUGGGAGCGCGCGUCGUCGGUGUUCCCUUUUUGCGAGCUCAGGGCGCUCCUCAUAAUUGAGAUCACGUUUCACCUGCUCAUCGUUCUGCUGGGCUGCCUUAUAUACGGAUUCGGAUUCGCGAUUUUCGUCGUCAGUUCGCUGUGGUGGUUCGUCGGCGUCGGAGUCCUCAGCAUGAUUGGCGCUUCGCUGUGGUGUUGCAAGUGCUGCGCUCCAACCACGACUCUCUGCGCCGCCUUCUCCUUGGUCCUGACAGCUGGCAUCCUCUCGUUGGUGCUUUACGCCUACUUUUUGGUCGCGUUCGUCAUCCUCGCCGCCUUUUCAGAAGGUUUCGCAGUCAGCAGCCGGUCUUUCGACGUCACUGAGGAACCGUUCCCGACGCCAAUCAGCCUUCUUACAAAUGGCACCGUGGAAAGGAUGCUCGAAGGCUACAUAAUCGCAUUAUAUCCGUCCAGCACGGCGGGAACAUACUCGACCCUCCCCAUCGCCGGGGGCACUGCGGGCGGUGCACUGGCACGGGAAAUGACGUAUGACGACUCCGAAUCCGCAGAGUUGGGCAGGUUUGGGCCGCUCAUGGACGUUACCUGGCUGCAUGGCGUCUACAUCUACGGGGGUUGCAUCGUGGGCCUCCCAGUGCUCGCCAUUCUGAGGAUUGUCCUCUCGAGCAUGGCUUUCUGUAAAAAGAACUCUGUGCCAAGCGCCGCAAGCGCCACGAGCGUGGCAGAGGGCAGCGUCAGGGGGGCGAGCAAGGCGUCGAGCACUAUCGCCGUGUCCCAGGCCCGGCGGUGA